GCUACUGGAGAAGCACUUGCUUUUAUUUACGAGCUUGGUUCGGAAACCAGGCCAAGCUUUCGACUUCCAAACCAUCAGCAAAUAGUGGAGAUCCUUGAUGCUCUAUGUAGCGAUAGUUCCAAAACAAAGGCGAAAAAGGACAAGAGAGCCCAGCGAUUUACAUUAAGGCAAGUGUAUUCGAGCAUAGUGCAGAGAGACACGCCGUCUAUAACUAUCAAGUUCAAUAAAGAAGUACUUAUUUUGGACUCAUGUGCUUCGAAAUUGCUUUACGACAUUUGCUGUGAGCUUCUUCGCGGUGGUAUCGUAAGACAACUGCAGUAUAAUGAGCUGCUGCGGGAUCUUUUUGACUUGGGUCCGGUUCAGGAGGUAGACCCGGUGGAGAAGAUCAGCAAGCUGGCCAGAAUGGCAGCACUUGAUGCAGCGUCCAAGCACAGAAAUCAAAUGCGCGGCAAACAAAGGGAUAAACGAAACGUUGUGCUGUAG